UUUAUUAUUUUAAACUACUAAGAACAUUUUUCAAUAUUAACUUCAAAUUAUGAAACACAUUCGACUCAAAUUUAUUAUUCAUGGUUCCUCCACAACUUCACGCAUAUGUUUUAAAAGUAGCAAUGACGCUUUUUUCUAAUCCAUCCUAUUUUACUAACAUUAAUCUUCUUACAUGCAGAGAGCCAGGAGCAACGGAUAUUCUCGUUCGUUGCAAAAAGUAUUAAAUGGAAGUUAAAAUUCUGUAUGGGGUUAAUGGAAAUUUUAUGAGCCUGUUGUUUUUAACCAUGAUCACGCUCAGGACCAUAGCCGUUCAAGAUGGAUAUGUAGAAUCGUACGAUGACACAUAUGAUAAUGAUCAAGAUAUUGAACAAUUUUUACGAGAUGAGGAUUAUGAAAAUGGUAUCAGUUUUCCAAUGCGCGAAGACUCUAAAACAUAUACUACGACACUUUUAACAUCGCACCGUAAAUCCAACAAAUGCGAUGAAGAUCAAAUAUUGUCGUACUUGGCCGAAUUGGAAGUAAUCAAUCCUGAGAGUAUUUUACGUAUUGCAUCAAACAAGGAUCUCGAGCACCUUUGUAGGUUUGUACGUACAUUGUGGCGACAUAUAAGGUUAUGCAUUAUGAUUUACAUUAACAAUGAAUCUGAAAUUGUAUCAUAACUCACAAACUGUAUAUACAAUACAGCCGAGUUUCAUAUCAAGCAUAUAUGCAUAAUUAUUGAAUCACUAGACUAGAAAUUGUAUUCGUUAUAAAUUAUAAGUUGCUAAUGACGAAAAAUUAUUGUUUUUUUAUUAAU